UCAAUCAGGAGGCAUUAGUAACUUGUCCAAUGCCAGUCGCCGGUGCAUCUCGGGCGUGGCAGCUGCUCGUGCUCUCUCCAAUUCUUCUUUUAAGGUGACUGUUCUGGAGUUCGGAGAUCGUAUUGGUGGACGUGUUCAUACUCAUUACUCAUUUGGAUGCACAAUUGAUAUGGGAGCCUCAUGGCUGCACGGUGUGUGCAAUGAGAAUUCACUGGCACCAUUGAUCGGCUAUCUCGGGCUGAGGUUAUAUCGCACCAGCGAUGACAACUCUGUUCUGUAUGAUCAUGAUUUAGAAAGCUAUGCUCUAUUUGAUAAGGAUGGCAAUCAGGUCCCAAAGGAUACAGUUGAUAAAGUUGGAGAAACAUUUGAAAGAAUUCUUGAAGAGACGGUGAAAGUGCGUGAUGAACAGGAACAUGACGUGCCCCUUCUACAGGCAAUUUCUAUUGUGUUUGAGAGGCACCCCCAUCUAAAGCUGGAAGGGCUAGAUGACCAGGUCCUGAAAUGGUGUGUCUGCCGGCUCGAGGCAUGGUUUGCUGCAGAUGCAGAUGAAAUCUCUCUCAAAAAAUGGGAUCAGGAGGUCAUGGGCUAAUGGUAAAUGGGUAUUAUCCUGUUAUUGAGGCUCUUGCUCGAGGUCUUGACAUCAGGCUUAAUCAAAGGGUCACCAAAAUUUCCCGGCAAUACAAUGGAGUUAAGGUCACUACUGAAGACGGCACAAAUUAUUUUGCUGACUCUUGCAUAAUCACUGUGCUUCAUUUUAUGGAUGAUGUUUAUGCUUGCCGGUCCUACUGUUUUGGUUGGUUAAUUGGCUGCAUAAGUGUAGCUG